CUCUGAACACAGCUUUCAAAACAACAGUCUAGAUUUGAAACUUAAACGAAACGGUUGCAAAAUAAUUUUGUAAUAGAAAAUAAACAGUGGAAUUGUGAAAGAAAUUGUGUUGAAUUUAAAAAGUAAAUACUAAACAUAAAAACUGAAAAUGCCUUUAAGAAAGAAAGAUGAUUACAUACCCAUUAAGUGUGAGGGCUGGAAUGGUAAAUUCCAUUAUCCACCCGGUUCCACUAAUAAUGUAUCAAAAGUACGCCGUUACAAUCAAAACAUCACCGAUACCCAAAACUUCUAUGGCUACACCAGUGAACCCACUAUUUUACCACCCGUGUGGGAUGGCACUUUCAAGAAAAGCGGUGAAGUUAUAAUGCAACAAGAACGUAAUCGUUCGGAUGAUUCGGAAUACUUUCAGUACAAUACUGAGCCCACCAUUUUACCCACCUCGUGGAAUGGUGAAUUUCAGCAAGAUCCCAAUGAUGUGCGCAUUUUGCCUGAAAGGAAUUUCUCUGAUGUUCGUGAUUAUGCUGAAGCUCAUCGUUUUAAGCGUGUGAAUUAAUUUUGGAGAGAAAUGGUGUAAUUUGGAGCUAAAACAUUUUUACAAAUUCAUAAAUAACAACUACAACUACUAUGCUAAGGAAUUCUUUAAAUUAAAACAUGUUUCUUUAUUGUUUUUGUUUAAAUCAUUAGAUUAUUAUUAGAUUUUAAUCUAACAUGACGUAGUUUUAAGACUAAUUAUUUAUUUUUUUAUGUUUAAAUUAUAAAAAGACGCAAAAAAAGUUUAAUACCACAUAUUAUGUAAUAAAUUUAACAAUUAAAUUUGUUUAUUUAAAUUUAAA